CUAAAAGAUAUCAUGAGUUUGAUUGUAAGUUGUGAAAAUUGUGAUUUAAAUUGAAUUUGAAAAGGCCAUUUUUUUCACGUGUAUGAGCCUCGGAGUUUGAAAAAUGAAGUUGCUCUUCCACCUUCCAUUGGUGACAUCAGUACUGCAUGUGGUUGAUGUUGUGACGUUAUUUGUUCAAGAAAGUAGGAUCUAUUAAUACUCCUUUGACAAGGAAAACUUGAAUUCGCUCUCCAGCGCUUCUGAUUGCUCGAACUGCAGCAGAUUGACCAAAGCAAACAAGAAAACCCGAUAUUUUCCUCCAAUCUGAACUGAAUAGUCGUGGGCGAGUGAGUUGUGGCUCGAAUAGCAAACAACGAAAUUGGAACAUCAAUUAUUGCAAGAUUGCACAUUGCAUCUUCAGGGCCAUGAUAAUCACGAAAGGUCAGUAAUCAAAAUGACAUUUGGGAAUUCAAAAUUGGACAACCAAAAGAAGGAGCUAAAGCUGGACGCAUUGGCCCUCUCAACCGGAAGAUAUCGAGUACUCAAAGUGGCCACCCUAUGUUUUGACCUUUGACCCGAUUGAUAAAUCCUAUCAUUGGCUGGCUACUAACAGUCGUGAAGCUAAACGCAGCUAACGUCUUUGAAGUGCAAGUGAAGUAUUACGACCAUGCCCCUCUGGGUUCAUUAGACCCUUAAAGCAAUUGCUCAAUCCCCAGGAGCCUUUUAAUUCAAUCCAAAAUGCAUGCCAACCUAGGUGCCGGUGAAGCCCACGGAGAGCUUCGCUUAAGACGGGUGAAAUCGACGUCGAGAGCUCAAGAGAUCGUGACCGAGGACGAGAAGCAACGCCGAGCCCAGCCGGACAAACCGAUUCAUCGUCCCAAAGAUUCAUUGUUCUCGUGGAAUUCUACAUUUCAAGACUAUGAAGGUGUCAUGAACUGGGCGUUUUUGCUUCUUUUCCUGGGUGGAACAAGGCUUUUCCUUGAGAAUUUGAACAAGUAUGGCAUUCGCGUGGAUCCUUCGUUUUGGUUGCACGCUAUUUUUGGCAACAUUUCCGAUGGAACAGGAGAGUUCCCAACGUUAUAUCUUAUACUCUAUACGAACGCGACCGUUCUACUUUGUUUGGUGUUUGAGAAGCUAUUGGCUCGCGACUGGAUCAAUUGGACCAUGGGAUGUACCUUGCACGUGAUCAACCUGAUUUCACUCCUGGUGGUUCCUCCCGUGGUCAUUAAUCUCAAAUAUAAAUUCAUAGGACCAGUCAACGCUACCAUCGUGUGCAGUGUGUACUCCAUUUUGCUUCUAAAAUUGGUCUCGUACAUUCAAGUCAAUUAUUGGUGUAGGAACCACACGAAACAUGCCGAAAGGUCAUUCCAACGUGGGGUGAGAUCACCUUCUUUGGCCGAGAUGUACACCUCGGUGAGGUUCAAGCUUGGCGGGGCAGUAAUGGGACGACGAGGAAAAGAAGAGAUAGUUCAUUAUCCGGAAAAUCUCGGAAUCAUGGAUAUCUAUUAUUUCUGGUUAGCUCCAACCCUUUGCUAUGAAUUGAACUUCCCCAAAAUGCAACGGGUACGGAAACUCUUUCUCAUGAGACGGGUUCUUGAAGUGAUUGCUGGCACGAAUAUCGCUCUGGCCUUGAUUCAACAAUGGAUCAUUCCAAGUGUGGUCAACUCCUUAAUUCCUUUCUCCAGACUGGAAUUUGGAAAUGCGGCAGAAAGACUUCUAAAAAUCGCCAUUCCCAAUCAUUUGAUCUGGUUGACUUGGUUUUAUCUAAUUUUCCACUCAUUUUUGAACACGAUGGGCGAAAUCCUGGGCUUCGCUGAUCGCGAGUUCUAUCGGGACUGGUGGAACGCCAACAAUAUUCUCACGUUUUGGAAGAACUGGAACCUGCCCGUACAUCGUUGGUGCGUUCGCCACAUCUUCAAGCCCGUUCUGAAAAGCGGUUACUCGGUACAAUCAGCCCAAGUGAUUGUUUUCUUCAUUUCGGCCUUCUUCCAUGAAUAUCUAAUCUCGGUUCCUCUCCGGGUCUUCAAGGUGUACGCCUUCAUGGGCAUGUUCUUACAGAUUCCGCUGAUUUUCUUGUCCAGUUGGUUGGAGCGUGUGGCUGGGCCACGAGCAGGAAACAUUUGCGUGUGGCUAUCCUUGAUCAUAGGCCAGCCUUUGGCCGUUAUGAUGUACUACCACGAUUUUGUGGUUGAGCAUUAUGGUCGCGAACUCAUCAACUAUUUUGGCCAACUGGACGCCUAGGCAUUCGCGUGACAUCGUCGAUCCUGAAGCGGAUGUAUUUUAAUAUCUAUCAAUCAUUACGUAUAGUACAGGCGUGUCUUAUCAAUUGAAUAAAAUGCAUGCUUGAUCAA